CAGAUCUAGACUUUGCAGCAACGCAGGCAACGCUACUUUGUGAGACUGCGAGGACGCCCAACGAUGAUUACGUCUGAAGGGGUGUCUUGUCCCUGUAUCCGACGAUGAGGUCCUUCUCGAGCUCUGCCGUCAACAAGUCCGGCAAGAAGUUUGCUCCCAAGGCUCCCGUUCGGCGUGCUCCUGCUCCUGCUCCCACUUCUGCAGCUCCCAGAAGACCUAGUAUUAUACGCCAGACGCCUCCCCAGCCUGAAAAGCCGGUCGUAGAUGUGACCGCUCCCACCCCGGAACCUCCUGCUCCUGCUCCUGCUGCAGACCCCCCCACCUCAACUGGAGCUGCUACGGAGUCUACCGUUUCAGAAGAUGUUCCUCCCCAGAGGAAGAUUCCUCCACCUUCUCGGUCUGCUACGGCAGUCCCAAUCCCUGCCCCAAGACAAAGGCCUUCUGUUUCUGCAUCAGCUGUCAAAGCUCCCGAACCGGCGACUGCUCCUCGUCAAACUGCCCCGCAGAGAAGUAAUACAGUAAUCCCGGAACCUACACCUAUACCUUCCAUAGAAAAUGAGUCACAAGUUAGAAGCGAGGGCGUGCCGGCGGCAAAAGGUCCGCAAGUGCCUAAACGACCUAGUACUUCGUCUAUAUCUGAUGUUCAAUCCCGGUUCCGCCGUCCUUCUGAAACCACCACGGAGGUUCGUCCAGCAAAGCGUCCCAAGACAGCAGCUCAAGAUACAAUUAUAGUUGAAAGAAAUCAGCCAGUUCCUAAUCAAAUUGCAACUCCUCCGGUGACUCAACCCGCGGCUUCCGAGGCGGAGGAGACGAACGGAACUCCCAGCGAAACCCAUACAGCUACAGCGGGGGAUCGAAAGGCUGCCAAGUCACGAAGAAGGAAAUCGACUACAGAAGGCACGAGGAGGCCUCGGGCGCGAAAAGAACGCCAGAAGACACCGGAAGGCGCCGAAUCCAUUGAAAUAGCACCGGCUGUUGUUAAGAUGUCCGAUCUCUGUAAAGACCUACGGACAGGAAAGUUGUCCAAGAGAGAAAUGGAAUUGCGAAACAUGGAGCUGGCAGAAUUAGAACGAAAAGAACGGGCCAAGCAAGAGGGGGAAACAGUUUCGCAGACGGCAGUGAAGCAUAAUGGCGAAGCCACCACGGCGCCGGCUGAAGAGGAUGGUCCCGCUGAGAAUAAACAGCAGGCGGGCCCGGUCAUGAGGAUUGUCAAUGGAGAAAUUGUACUUGAUGCGGCAUCUUUGCAAGUUGACCGCCACGCUGAUGCAGCGAGGGAUGCAGGAGAGCUGGAAGACGUUGUGGAGACAUCGCUAAGUCGGAAAAUCAACCAAGCUUCAUACGGGAAACGAUCCAAAACAGAGUCGUGGGAUGAAGAAAUGACGGACCUUUUCUACAGGGGAUUGCGCAUAUUUGGCACUAAUUUCAUGAUGAUCAGCAAACUGUUCCCCGGGCGUUCCAGACGUCAGAUCAAGCUUAAGUUCAAUAACGAAGAGCGUCGUGACCCUGAACGAAUCAAGCAAACACUGUUGGGGCCUUCUGAAACGAUCGAUAUUGCGACCUUUUCGGAGAUGACAAACACAACGUAUGCCGAUCCCAAGGUAAUCCAACGGGAACUUGAUGAAGAGAGGAAACGCAUCGAGGAUCAGCACACGAAAGAGAAGGAAGCACAUGAAGAGCUCCUUCGGAAUCCAGACGGCGCGAAAGAUCCUGCAGACGCUGAGGGGGAUGAUGCCAGCAUCAAGGGCAAGGGCCGCAAUAACAAAAAGCAGACCCUCAAGCAAACGGGCGGUGGUGGAACUGAAGAAAUUCUCGGUUCUAUUGAUGAAUUUCCUUUUCAGGAUUGAGCUUAUAAUCCUUUGAUGAAUAAUGCAUUAGGCGACAGGUGUUUGGUGGCGCUCUGGGGAACGCUAUUAAUAGGUGGUUAUCUGCGAAGGCGGAUAUUCCCAUGCUCUUUAUUUUUUUGCUUCUUUCUGAUGGGUCCCAUAUUCUCUAUGCGCCGGCGAAUUGAGAUUGGACACCUGACACGGUUUAAAACAAUUGUCAUUGCUAUCUUGCAUGGUCCAUGGGGUGGCAGAUGAUUACAGGUACCUAGGUACAUCUAAGAGUAUAGCCGUAUCGAAGACCUACUACCUCCGUCUUGUUGACCCAAAUCCAGUGCUCGUCGAAGUAGAUGAGAAUCGAGGAGCAGAUCGUGAACUCCCUCCGACGGAAUUGUCAUAAUCAUAUUCAUGAACCCGUGCGGUGCGUCUAAUCGGCGAGCCGCGGCCACGGUUUCUCCCUAGCUCGUAACCCAGAGCGGCACCACCCAACGCCCCCGUCCAAAAUCCAGGUCUCCAACCUUGCGGAGAAGCCCGAGACGCAAAGGCAUUGGAAUCAUCACAGCCGUAUGGAGGUGGAGGGCCGCGAGGGUAUCCAUCAUUAUCAGGACCUCCCCCUCCCCAUCCUCCCCAUCCACGACCAGCUCUCGGACCUCGUCUACCUCCUCUGCGUAUACCAAGGCAAUCCGCAAGCAUGGGCAGUAUGAUCAGGAUGAGAACGGCGGCAACAAAGCCAAAAAAGAGUAGAUCCCCUAGCAAGGCUAUCACGUUGCUCCAGGUACUCCUGGACCCCUUCCAGGGCCAUAUAAAGUCGUACUGCAAGUCCCCGAAUUGCCUCUCCCCGCGAUCCGUUAGAAGAAGGCGAUACUCGACUCCACAGCUCCCCUUGAGGACCCAUUUAUCGUCUGCGCUUCGGUAGCCUUCGCACACGACGUCCGUCGAUCCCAGUUUGAACUCUGGCGGAAGUUGCGCAGUGCAGGUCCACUGCACAUCCUCUUCAUCGUAGUCGUAGCCUGCAUUCGUGCAUCGCAUCGUGUCGAUCUUGUACAGAUUGCAAAUGCGCCGCGAAGGCCCGGUACAGGUGAGUUGAGGUAUUGGGGCGACGCGACGGGACGUUGUGAGACGGUUCGCUCGAAGGGUCAAGGCCUUGACGUUCGAGAGCAGGAUGGCAUCUCUACCAGGUGGUCUUUCUUGUGAAAAUCUGUCAUUUGUGCCGUAUUUUGAGAGGACAGGAGAAACGAGGAAGAGGCAGAGAAGAAUGGACAGCGAGGUCGCUAGAUGCCUGUACAUAAUGCUGUAUUGUUAGUAGUCAAGGCGUUAGAUUGCUGGAGCAUCUCAGGUAGAUUCAGCAGAAGAAAGGCCUUC